AUGCGUCCAACAUUUUCCAUUGUAAUUUCAAAGAUGAACAUUUUUGCUGUAACUUUGCUACUGUUUACAGUGGCCAAUGUUUUCCAGUCAUCCGAAUCGAUGGAACUUAAUUGCAAGUUUCAGAUUUAUGGAUAUUUCAUAAGUAUUCCGAUAGGAUGGAAGAUUUUUUAUACUUGCUAUGGAGAACUCUCCAAUGAGAGAAAUAGUACAAUAAUCACAGAAGUUCAUGGUGAUCACUUAUCAGGGAGAAAUAAUUCGGACGUUACUGGUAUCAUCUUAGAAAAAGAAACUUUGUUAACUUCAAUACCACUCAAUUUUGAUAAAUUUUUCCCAAACAUUAACAUUCUUUACAUGGUUGAUACUAAGACGAGCACAAUCAGGGCUUCACAAUUGCUGCAGUUUCCAAAUUUAAUGUAUCUGUUGCUGAGUUAUAAUGAAAUUGAAACCAUUGAAGUAAACGCGUUCUCUAGCACACCAUCACUGCAAGGAAUUCAUUUGAAUUCAAAUAAAAUUAAGUCAAUCCCAUAUAAUGCCUUUCGACCUUUGCAUUUGGAAGUUUUGCAAAUGAACAACAACAUUUGCAUUAACGAUUCAGCAGAUACAGUACAAAACGUCAACAGAUUAAUUGUAGUUGCAGAUCUUUUGUGUUCACCUUUGGGUGAUAUGAUUGAUGAAGAUUUGAGGGUUCGCAUUUAUGAAUUGUCAAACAGUCAGGUUGCUUUUGAAUAUAGUUUGAAGGAUUUACGUGAUCAAGUCUCGACUAUGGAAGAGAGAAUGCAGGAAUUGGAAAAUAUAUUGAAGCUUGUGAAAACUCAUGUUAAUAAAUGA